AGUGCAUCGUCGGUAGAUAAUGGGGACACACGCAUAAGAUAACACACACUUUUCGUCUUGAUUUACACACAAAUCGUGCAUAUACUUCUUAAGUGACAACCCCUACAAACCAGAUUUUGAUUUCACCAGUGAUACUAUCUCGAUUUGGAACCGAUUUUUUUUUUAGUGAUGUUGAUAAUAUUAUAAUUUUCUCGUCGAAAAUGACUUUAGAGUUAAGUACGCAUCCUACGAUGCCGCUGGACUUUAGUAAUUGUUCCAACAGGGACGAUUCUGGAAGCCCCGAAGUGAACGUAUCAGAUUCGCCCAAUUCGAGCCCGCCGGCGGGCAGUAGCGCAUUUACCAUUGUCACCCCAAAAGGAAGAGAAGGUGUGGAUAGAAAUGUUUCACCUCUUCAAUUCCCUUCACCAAGUGGUUUCGCUUCGUAUUGUAGGAAUAUAUGGGGUUCGCCCGUCAUUUCAGCGGGAUCUAGGUACCUAUCGCCUUUUAUCGAGGCCAAUUUCAAAGAAAAAUCUACUGAUCCUAUAAAGUUUGGAAUAAAUCGUUUAGUUUCAAAAUCGGACGACGAAGAAGAAAACAGUAACAAUAACAAUAAUAACAACUCAAAACCUUACCACCACCGAGAAGAUAGUUACUAUAGCGGAGAUGAGCGAUCGUCUCCGAAAUAUACCAACCAAAGGUGGGGUCAAAAUUCUCCGAGACCUUCCCCAAGUACCUCUCCAGAACUGGAAGUAGAUUCCCCUGUACAUUCUAGAUCGAAUUCCCCAUUACUUAGACCAACUUCAGUGACGGAAAUACAAAAGAUGGAUCCUUCGAGUAAAAAAUCUGAGGCUUUUUCUGUCAGCGCCCUUUUACGGCCGGAUAAUCCAAAAAAAGCAGACAAUCGUUGUAUACAAGAAACAAUAUCAGUAACUAGGUCUUAUCUUUAUCCGCCUUUUAUAGAUUUUGUUAAAGAUGCGCAACUGAAAUCAGCGCAAGAAUACAGUUCUCAAUUUAUACCUAGACAUUUAGUCCCUUCUGGGUUUUUUCCUCACAAUUUAUAUCCUCAAAAAGACGGCGAAGAAAGAAGUUUUCUGCCGAACCCCACUUCUCUUUACUUCAGCGCUAUGGCUGCCGCGAUGGCUUCGGGACAAUCCCAACCGGGAAGUUAUCCAACACCACCUUCAGCCGAAGAAUUAUAUAGAUUAAGGCAUCAUUUGAUGAACAGUCCUUCUGGGGUGCAUCCGCAUCAUCAUCACUUUCUGAUGCGGCCCGGUUUAAUGCCCAUUGGGGACGUCUACUCGUGUAUAAAGUGCGAGAAGAUGUUUUCGACACCGCACGGUCUAGAGGUACACGCUAGGAGGUCUCACAAUGGCAAAAGACCUUUCGCUUGUGAGUUGUGCAACAAAACUUUCGGACACGAAAUAAGCCUAAGUCAACAUAGAGCUGUGCAUAAUGUAGAAAAAGUUUUCGAAUGCAAACAAUGUGGGAAAUCCUUUAAACGAUCAUCCACCUUAUCGACUCAUCUUCUUAUCCAUUCCGACACUAGGCCUUAUCCCUGCCAAUAUUGCGGGAAGAGGUUUCAUCAAAAAUCUGAUAUGAAGAAACACACCUACAUACAUACUGGUGAAAAGCCUCACAAAUGUACAGUGUGCGGAAAAGCAUUUAGUCAAUCAUCGAACCUAAUAACCCAUUCCCGAAAACACACCGGCUUCAAACCGUUCGCUUGCGACCUCUGCGGACGAGCAUUCCAACGAAAAGUAGAUUUAAGAAGACAUAAGGAGACUCAACACACCGAAUUGCGACCGAUAGUGACAUAGUGCCCAACAACCGGAAGUAAUAACACACUUCCGGUUCAUUACAAUACCAAAGAUGUACAAAUCGAAGAAAACAAACUUCUACAACCAUUCCAUACCCAAGUUGGUAUUACUGCGGAUGAGCAAAUGAUUAGACGGAAUCAACAACCUCUAACUAGUAGCGGUUUGUUGCCGCCGAUGAGGUCGGUGUUGUCCAAUAUGAGUUGGACUUAGGAUAAAAAUGUACCAAAGACUCGGUCAAGUAAGGAAAAAUACCUUCAUACAAAAAAGAUGUUAUUAGAAAAGUCACGUUUCAUUUUUACAUUGUUUUCAUGUGUUCAAACUCCAAUUUAAGUUAGUUGAUCUUCGGAAAGUAUUAUCACUGUUCUAAAUGUGUUAAUCUUCGUUUAAGAUGUAGUUUCUAACGAUAUUUUAAGUUUUUUGUCAUGCCAUGAAAUUAGGUUUGCAAUCAAAGCUCUAUCCAAGCGCGGAUCCAGGGGGAGUCAUCGGGGUCAAAAUUCAAAAACAACAUGAUUAACUUAUAUUUUGUGGGUAAAAGCUUAAAAUGCCAUGUCUUUGAGGGAGGA